GCUGGGUGAGAAUGUGCACGAGCUCAUUCGCAUCCGGAGCGCAGCGGCAGCUGGCCAUGAACGAGAGCUCUCCGCGCGACAACUGAUGAAGCAAAGGGGCUGUCCCCGCCUCUCCAGGACGCAAAGUGUCCCAUCGGAGACGCGCACUCUCCACUUUACUCUUCCUCCUCCUUUUCCUCCUCCUCCUCCUCAUCAUCAUCACCACCAUCAUCACCCUCCUCAUCCUCAUCAUCAUCAUUAUCAUCACCACCAUCAUCACUAGCGGCGGAUCCCGUCUCUUCUUCACCACACCGUCAGGUGCGCGAGAGCGAGAGCGCGAGCGCGGCGAGCUCCCUGAGCAGCGCGCGACCGGCGAUCCGCGAUGAACGUGCACGUGAUGCCCGAGCACAAGCUGUCCUCGGUGGCUCCGUUGAAGCCCUACAGCUCGGAGAAGAAGGACGUGGAGCUCAUCCUGGUCAAGGAGCACAACGGCGUCCAGUACACCAACUCCACCGUCGCCGGAGCGCGCGGGCUCGGCCACACCUCCCCGAACGGCGAGCUCGACGGCCGCGAGACAUGGGGCAAGAAACUGGACUUUCUGCUGUCCGUGGUGGGCUUCGCGGUGGACUUGGCCAACGUGUGGCGCUUCCCCUACCUGUGCUACAAGAAUGGCGGAGGAGCCUUCCUGAUCCCAUACACCAUGUUCCUGUUCAUUGCGGGGAUGCCACUGUUUUACAUGGAGCUGGCUUUGGGCCAGUACAACCGAGAAGGUGCAGCCACAGUGUGGAAGAUCUGCCCCAUUUUCAAAGGUGUGGGCUACACUGUGAUCAUCAUAGCUCUGUAUGUGGGCUUCUACUACAACGUCAUCAUAGCCUGGUCUCUGUACUACCUGUUCUCCUCGUUCACGAGUGAUCUGCCCUGGCAGCACUGUAACAACACGUGGAACAGCGAUGGAUGCACAGAUCCCAAACUCAUCAACGGCUCCUCCUUCAGAGACAGCGGAUCCUCCUACGCCAAGUACAACCGAACGCCAGCUGCCGAGUUCUAUGCACGUGAAGUCUUGCGCUUCCACGAGAGUCAGGGGAUCCACGACCUUGGAGAACCUCGCUGGCAGCUCGUCAUUUGCCUUGUGGUGGUGGUCAUCAUUCUUUACUUCAGUCUGUGGAAGGGCGUUAAAUCUUCUGGAAAGGUGGUGUACAUCACUGCCACCAUGCCGUAUAUUGUGUUGUUUGUGCUGCUGAUCCGAGGCAUCACUCUUCCUGGUGCUAUGACCGGAAUCCGUGAAUACCUCAACUUUGACCUCAAUAAGCUGAGGAAUCCACAAGUGUGGAUUGAAGCUGCCACUCAGAUCUUCUACUCUCUGGGGGCAGGUUUUGGAGUCCUUAUCGCCUUCGCCAGCUACAAUAAAUUUGAAAAUAACUGCUACAGGGAUGCCAUCCUGACCAGCACAAUCAACUGCGUCACCAGUUUCUUCUCAGGGUUCGCCAUCUUCUCAGUGCUGGGCUACAUGGCCCAUGAGCAUGGCGUCAACAUUACGGAUGUGGCCACUGAAGGGCCUGGUCUAGUGUUCAUUAUCUACCCAGAGGCCAUCUCCACUCUUCCUGGCUCCACAUUCUUUGCCAUAUUCUUUUUCAUCAUGCUCCUGACCCUCGGCAUCGACAGCUCUAUGGGGGGAAUGGAAGCAGUCAUCACUGGACUCACAGACGACUUCAAAAUCCUCAAAAGGCACAGGAAAUUGUUCACCUUCAUCACUGCAUUCGGAACCUUUCUGGUUGCCUUAUUGUGCGUCACCAAGGGAGGCAUUUAUGUCUUCACUUUGCUGGACACCUACGCCGCAGGGACGUCUAUCCUGUUUGGAGUUCUUGUGGAAGCUGUAGGAGUGUCCUGGUUCUAUGGCGUGGACAGAUUCAGUGAGGACAUUGAACGGAUGAUGGGCUUCAAGCCAGGUCUCUACUGGAGGCUCUGCUGGAAGUUCGUCAGCCCUGUUUUUCUACUGGUUGUGGUCAUAGCUAGCAUCGUUACCACCCAUGAGCUCAAAUACGAUGACUACAUCUUUCCUCAAUGGGCAAAAGUAGCAGGCUGGGGAAUCGCCAUGUCUUCUAUGGUGUUUGUGCCGUUAUAUGCCAUAUAUAAGUUCUUCACUUUGCCAGGAAACCUCAAACAGCGGAUAGCAUACUGCAUUACACCUGAGCAUGAAUACCACUUGGUGGCAGAGGGAAAUGUCAGGCAGUUCAAGAUGAAGCACUGGCUGGCCAUCUGAUGUGCGCACCGAUGCGGAGGUGCCAUGUCGAGUCCCACGUGUCUGAUGGGGAGGAUGAGCCGCGUGAGUUGGAUUCCUGAGAGAAAGGCGGCUCCAGCGAGAUGGACGCGAAGUGAAGCGAUGACUUCUGUGUAUUUCUCAACCACGUACCCUGCCGUCCGUGCCACUCUGCUUCUGUCCUGUGGCUGGUGUUUUUACCCCGUCGGUGGAUGAUAUCAGUGUUUCAUCAUGUCUGUGUUUUCUAUAAUGUUUUUUUUUUUUUUACGUUGACAUUACAUCUCUACAACCUCAGAAAGCUCCUCAUAAGGGUGCCAUGCCGGGACAUUACAGGUAUUUUACAGUUUUUGGUGAUCAUUUCUUUUUGUUUCUGACUGAACUGAACUGUGUUUGCUCUUCUUCCUCUUCCUCUGACUUGUGGAUUACUCAGUGUCUGUAAAGGUGAAAACAUACCAAAACACACUCAUCAAGUUAUCAUUUUAUGUGUGUGAGAGCGAGUAAAGUGUGUGGGCCUUUGUGUGUGUGUGUGUGUGUGGGGGGGGGGGGGUUCCUUUAGAUUUCCUUUUAUUUGCCCAACGUUUGGUGAUGAUGAACCAUUUCUAGUACCAUAGAACCUCAUUUUAGGCAUAUAUAUAAUUAUAUAUAUAAAUAUAUAAAUCCCUAAAAGCCAUAUUUGUUUUCUACACCCAAGCACCACCGUGUCAGUGCCUUACUGUCAAUGUUUUAGUCCAUAAUGUAGAUUUUCAUUCUUAUAAACCCCCCAAAAAACUCAGAAACCCCAAAAAACUAGGUGCUCACUGCAACCAAAGCUUUAAUUUAAUUCAUUUACCUUCAACAUUGAUAUUUACAAAAUCCAAGAGGACAUAAAUCCAAUCAGCUUUCAAAAUAUACUUGAUAAAAAAAAAACAUUUCUCGUGUCCAAAAAAGCAUAAAAUAGAUUGAAUGAAUUAACAGCUUUCAAAAUAUACUUGAUAAAAUAGCAUAAAAGAGCAUAAAAUAGAUUAAAGGCUUAAAACAAAAAGGGAAUUGAAGAUUUCUUUAAGCUUCUUCCUUUUAUUUAAGUUUGAGUUUUAUUUUUGACCUCUUUUUUUGAACUACAAAAUCCAAUGUUGACAAUAAUGAUAAUGUACGUAUAGUAUAUAUCCAUACGGCCAUUCUUAAUAUUCUGAAUAUUUAUGAAUUUUACACUGUUCAAAUUAUAAUGCUUCAUCCUCAUUUUGUUCAUAACAUUGGAAAAUCAAAUUAAAAAAAAUGUAAAAACAAUAGAUAAUGGAUUAUUAGUACAUAUAAAAAAGAUUAGAUAUUUUAAACAAAAGACAAAUUUAAUUUAAGUUUAACAUUAGUAAACGCAUUUCUAAAUGAAUUGAGCAUUUAAAAAAACUAUUAAGUAUACAUGUUUUAAAGUAAGAUAAUAAAUUGGGAAAAUAAUAAAAGUGAAAUGCAGUGAAAUAAACUGUAUGUGUGUAUUGUAGUUGUUUCUAUUAUCCUUAAAAUCAUGUUUGAAUUGUGAUUUUUAUGAUUUGAGUAUUACUUGAAUCACUAACUCUCAACAUUGACAUGUGCUUAGACCCUAAAAUUGGACCCUGAGGGACUCCAUCAUAUAAACUCAGCUGUUACUAAAUAAUUCUUAGUAGUUUCAGAGCAGAUAAGAUUAAUUGAGUUUAUAUAUGAAUAGAUAUGUAUAGGCAUAGGGUUCAAAUGUUUAAUUAUGCCACAAAUAAAACACUAAUAUGGCUAAAUUUUACACAUAACCAAUGAGUUUUCCAAAGAGUUGGGAAAGGAUUGCGCAGUGAUGCGUUUCCUGGAAUACACAGAUAACUGACACCUGUCAUGUUUAUUCUGAACAUGAUAUCUCACUGAUUAUACUGUAUGUAUGGAUGUGUGUGUGUGUGUGGGGGGGUAUGUGUGUGUGUGUGUGUAUAUGUAUGUAUGAAUGUGUGUGUUUAUGAAAUUUCACUUGGUAUCCAAUUGUUUUUUGUCUCUUACCUGCUUUGUGUGAUUCCUUUUUGAAGAAAUAACAUGUUUGCACAAUCAGUUUUAAGUGCCAAAUUUUUUUUCCCCUUUUAUGAUGUUUUUUUAAUUUUUUUAUUAUUAUUUUAUUGUUUAAUCUCUUUAUUUAUUCCGGUGAAAAUCCUUGCAAAUAUACACAACACUGUAACAAGGUAACUGGUUGGAAGCAGUCUACGACUGUUGGUUGCAAAAUAUAAAUAUAUACAUAUAUAUAUAAAUAUAUUCUUUUGUUAGAUAUCUAAUCUUGUAUUUAUCAGAUUCUUUAUAAUGAAACGUGAAUGUAAAGUAUUUUAAAUGUAGGCCGUCUACUGUUAUAUCAUGUGUUUGAUGUAGGUAAAGGUAAAACUAUAUAAAUAUAUAUAUAUAUAUAUAUAUA